GGAGCGUGUUGUUCCUCUCUGCGCGGAGACCCUUCUUUUCACACACCGGUGGAAAUCCUGAGUGCGAAGGAUUCCCGCCCUGACUGGUUUUCAGUCAGCUGAGUACGGAGCCCCCGGGGGACUCACAUCAAGAUGCCACUCUACGAACUAACCGUGGUGAUGCGGAACAUGCAGCGGCCGGAGCUCGUGGCUUGCAUGAAACGGACAGGCGAACUCAUCCUUAGUAGUGGGAGCGUUUUGCGUGCGAUCGAGAAUUUGGGCCUCCAAAGGGAGAUUGCGUAUAAAAUGCGCGCGCACGGCAAGGGACAUACCGUAGGCUCCUUCAUUUUGUACCGACUCGACUGCCGAACCAAUACGUCAACAUAUAUCCUCGACGAGCUCGAUCGGGACACCGACGUCGUGAAAACGCACAUGGUGGGAAUGUUGCCACAGAAAAAUAUAGAGUGCACCUUGGAAGACGAGCUGCAGAUUCCGAUGCUCAGACCUUCUGUCCAGAAGUUGAUGAGAACUGGCAAGAAACCGGAGAAAGUGAAUCCGAUACUAGAAAAAAUAAAAGGACCGUUCUGA